GGUUAGGCCAACUUACCCGGUCGAACCAUUCUACUCUCUGUCCGUUAUUAAGCAACGAAGAACGAACUAUCAGCCAAGCAAUAGAACUCCCAGUCCCACGGCUCUAUCGGCUAACGGCCUAAUGCAAUGACCUCUCUUGUGCUACCCCAAGAUCCGCCGCCCUCUCUUGGAUUGCCGAGAACCCAGCGGCCCACCUUCCAUUGCGUCGAAUUCUGCUCAACCAUGGCUCAGCUGAAGCAAUUUCACUCUCAAAUCAUCCGACUCGGCCUUUCGACGGACAAUGAUGCCAUGGGCCGAAUAAUCAAGUUUUGUGCGAUCUCUGAAUCAGGGGACUUGAAUUACGCCCUGAAAGUGUUCGAUAAGCUUCCCCACCCAGAUGCCUUCAUUUACAAUACCAUUAUUAGAGGUUACUUGGAAGCUCAACUAACAAGAAAUUGCAUUUUCUUCUAUUUCCGUAUGUUACAAGAUUCCGUGGCGCCCAACCGGUUCACCUUUCCAUCAAUCCUCAGAGCUUGCUGCAUGGAUAAUGCGACAGAAGAAGGAAAACAAAUUCAUGCCCAUGUUUUGAAAUUCGGGUUUGGGGAGGAUCUCGUCUCUCAGAACAAUCUAAUUCAUAUGUACGCGAAUUUUGGGCGUCUGGGAGAAGCACAAAGAGUUUUUGAUAAGAUUCAUCAACCGGAUGUUGUCUCUUGGAUAACUUUAAUUACCGGGUAUUCUCGACUGGGAUUUGUUGACCAGGCUUAUAAAGUUUUCAGCUUGAUGCCUGAGAGGAAUUCUGUGUCUUGGAAUGCCAUGAUUGCCGCUUACGUUCAAAGUAACCGUUUCCAUGAGGCAUUUGCUGUGUUUGAUAGGAUGCGAGCAGAGAAAGUGGAAUUGGAUAAGUUUGUGGCGGCAAGCAUGUUAUCGGCUUGCACAGGUCUAGGAGCUCUUGAGCGAGGAGAAUGGAUACAUGGGUAUAUUGAAAGCAGAGGGAUUGAAAUGGAUUCAAAGCUUGCUACAACAGUCAUUGACAUGUAUUGCAAAUGUGGUUUCUUGGAGAAGGCAAUCGAAGUCUUCGGUGGAUUGUCCCAGAGAGGUAUUUCUUCAUGGAAUUGCAUGAUUGGAGGCCUAGCAAUGCAUGGGCAAGGAGAGGCUGCAAUUCAACUAUUUAAGGAAAUGGAGAAGGAGGUCGUAGCCCCAGAUAACAUCACUUUUGUCAAUCUUCUUAGUGCAUGUGCCCAUGCUGGUUUGGUCAAAGAAGGACGCUAUUACUUCCGUUACAUGACCGAAGUUUAUGGUAUUGAGCCCAAGAUGGAGCAUUUUGGGUGCAUAGUAGAUCUUCUUGGUAGAGCAGGUCUGUUAGAGGAAGCAAGAAAUCUUAUAGAUGAGAUGCCUAUGAGUCCUGAUGCAGGUGUCUUGGGAGCCCUUCUUGGAGCCUGCAGGAUUCACCGAGAAAUUGAGCUGGGAGAGAAAAUAGGGAAACAAGUUAUUGAACUGGAGCCUCAUAAUAGUGGACGCUAUGUGUUGUUAGCUAACCUAUAUGCAGAAGCUGGUAGAUGGGAUGAUGUUGCUACUGUUAGAAGGUUGAUGAAUGAUAGGGGUGUGAAGAAGGUCCCUGGCUUUUCAGUGAUUGAAAUGGAUGGCGUUGUCAAUGAGUUCAUUGCUGGAGGCAGGGGUCAUCCCCAGGCUAAAGAAAUCUAUGACAAAGUAGAUCAGAUGCUGGAAAGCAUAAGGCCUGCAGGCUACUUGCCUGACACUGAUGGAGUAUUGCAUGAUAUUGAGGAGGAGGAGAAAGAACAUCCAUUGUACUACCACAGUGAGAAGCUUGCAAUUGCCUUUGGUUUGCUGAAAACCAAACCUGGAGUAACAAUCCGUAUCUCAAAAAAUUUGCGGGUUUGUAAAGAUUGCCACAAUGCAACUAAAUUCAUUUCAAAGGUUUUUAAUCGUGAAAUAUUUGUGAGGGAUAGGAACCGUUUCCAUCAUUUCAGAAAUGGUGAAUGUUCCUGCAAUGAUUACUGGUGACAAUGGGAGUAAUCUACGAAGAGAGCUUUUACUCAUUUGAGGAAGACAGUGAUGCUUAAGGAGUUGCCAAGAGAGAAGCAUGCUUUUUUAGAGCAACUGUACCGAACAUUUGGUCUAGAUUAUUUGUAUUUGGCAUGCAAAAGUGUGGUAUACUUGCUCCAUUGUGACAGUAUAGCAUAUUAUCUAGGUGGAACAUGUACAUGGGAGCGGGUUCAAUUCCACAAAUUUGUAGCCUUGUAUUGGAGAUUUAAUUCUCCUCAACAAGUCGACAUUGUAUAUAUCACCAGGCUAUAACUGGCAUUAUAUAUAUAUAAUGACAAUUGGAUGGAAGAAAGAAAGUAGCACAUCAAACAGGUGGUUAUUAUUAGCAUUAUUAUUAUUCACAUCAAGAUGAUGCUAGUCU